AUGGAGAUCGAGCAAUUAAGAAUAUUCUUAUAUGGAAUUUUAGCUAUUGGUAUCGUAUAUGUGAUUCAUUUCAUCAGGGUAAGUAAAUUCAAGAAGGCCCACAAUUGUAAAGAACCAUACCAUUUACCAACUGGAUUGUUAUCAUUACCUUUGUUAAGAAAGGCUUUGCGUAAUAAAUCCGAAGGUACUUUAGCUGAAUUUGCGCAAGAUCUUUUGAAAGAUCAUUAUUCUGUUAAAUUAUCAUUAGGUGGUAUUGUACCAGUUGUUCUUACCAAAGAUCCAGAAAACAUCAAAGCCUUGAUUGGAACUCAAUUCAAUGAUUUUGCUUUAGGUACAAGACAUGCCCACUUCAAGCCAUUGUUAGGGGAUGGUAUCUUCACUUUAGAUGCUCAAGGUUGGAAGAAUAGUAGAGCUAUGUUGAGACCCCAAUUUUCAAGAGAGCAAGUCGCUCAUGUCAAAUCCUUAGAACCUCAUAUCAAAUUAUUAGAAAAACACAUCAAGAAGUUUAGAGGUGAAACUUUCGAUAUCCAAGAAUUAUUCUUCAGAUUGACCAUGGAUACUGCCACCGAAUUUUUAUUUGGUAGUAGUGUUGAAACUUUGAAAGAUGAAAGUAUCAAUGAAGUCGCUGAAGUUGAUUUUGAAGGUAGAUUAGAAUUUGCCGAAGGGUUCAAUGUCUCUCAAGCUUAUUUAGCUUCAAGAACCUAUAGUCAAGUUUUCUACUUUUUAAUUAACAACAGAGAAUUCCGUGAAGCCAAUAAAGUUGUUCAUAAAUUAGCUGACUAUUUUGUUGAUCAAACAUUGAAAAUUUCUCCUGAAAAAUUGAAUGAAAAAGCUGAAGGUAAUUAUACCUUCUUAUAUGAAUUAGCUAAACAAACAAGAGAUCCAAAAGUCUUAAGAGAUCAAGCUUUAAAUAUCUUAUUGGCUGGUAGAGACACGACUGCUGGAUUAUUAAGUUUCACAUUUUUAGAAUUGGCUAGAAACCCUGAAAUUUGGAACAAAUUAAGAAAGACUGUUUUAGAAGAAUUUGGUACUGGUACCAAAGAAGAUCUUGAAUCCAUCAGUUUUGAAACUUUAAAGAAAUGUGAAUAUUUAAAAUUUGUUGUUAAUGAAGCUUUAAGAAUGUAUCCUUCAGUUCCAAUGAACUUUAGAACUUCAACCAAAGAAACCACAUUACCAAGAGGUGGUGGUAAAGAUGGUCAAAGUCCAAUUUAUAUUUCUAAAGGUACUACUGUUGCAUAUUCUAUUUACACUACUCAAAGAUGUACUGAUUUCUACGGGGAUGAUGCACAUGUAUUCAAACCUGAAAGAUGGUCCAACUUGAAUAAAUUAGGUUGGGCUUAUUUACCAUUUAAUGGAGGUCCAAGAAUUUGUCUUGGUCAACAAUUUGCAUUAACUGAAGCUAGUUAUGUAAUUGUCAGAUUAUGUCAAUUAUUUAGUAAGAUUGAGUCACGUGAUUCAGUCUAUCCACCUAAAAAGAAUAUUCAAUUAACUAUGAAUCAUAAAGAUGGUGUUUUCAUUACUUUAGCUUAA